UGUUAAAAACAAUGACAUAAGCAUUAGAAUAUGAAAAGACGAUGAAUCAUAGAAUAGAAUAGUGCUUAACGCUUUGUGUUUGUGUUUUUGGAGUGUGUUAUCGAGUUUAACUCAACUCAACUCAGGUUUUAGUUUGACUUUAAAACGAGUCAGUUACCGAGUUUUUGUGAUGUAUUGUAGGGUAUUAACUAUAUUCAAUUGAAUCCUCCUCAUUAGUAUCUUCUCUCUGGUUGGAAUCAUUUUCUUCUUGUCUUCUUCUGCUGCUACCAUUAUCAAGAAUCUUACAGUCAAGUGCAACUGUUGUGUGUUUUUGAAGCUCAGAGAUUCUUUUUUUGAGUAUUCUACUUCAACUUUCUUCUUACUUUUAGAUAAAUUUCUCAACUCUUUUGACAACAAGACAAGGAUUUUUCAGAUCUGUUUGGUGGUUGAUACAUCUAUAGAUUCUAAUAAUAAGUAAGUUUUGGUUUGGUCUGGUUUGUGGAGAAAGAAGUAGAAGCAUGUCCAUCAUGGGAGAUGGUGCUGCAGGCACAUCAUCUGCAACCAUGAUGGAAGCACCGCCACAAGAGGUUAAUUCAAUGGAUUUUGAUUAUAUGAGUGAGCUUUUGUUAGAUGGUUGUUGGUUGGAAGCUUCUGCGGAUGGAUCUGAGUUCUUGCUGCAAACUUCUCCUUUUUCAAAUCCAAUCUUUGACCCUUCGUUCUCUUGGCCUGCCUUGGAGAACAGCGAGCCGCCCUGCAUUGAGGAUCGGAAUGAGUCACAAGAUGCUCCUGUUAGCACUGAACAAGAAAAUCGGGUUAUGGUUAAUAAUGUUGGUUGUAGUGACCAGCAACGGUGUGAGUUUGAGACUCAUUUGGGGGAAGGGGUUAGUAGGUUGUGGAUUCCACCGACGCCUAAUCAAGGACCUAAUGGAUCUUCCAUAACGGAGAAGCUGAUACGAGCUCUCAAGUGGAUCAAGGAUUUCAAUAGGAACAAGGAUAUGCUUAUACAGAUAUGGGUUCCGGUUAAUAGAGGGGACGAUAGGCCGAUUUUGAGGGCUAAUGAUCUUCCGUUUUCACUUGAAUCAAGGUCUUUAAAUCUUGCAAAGUACCGAGAAAUCUCUGUGAGAUAUCAGUUUUCUGCAGAGGAAGAGGACUCGAAGGAGUUGGUGGCCGGUUUGCCAGGUCGAGUUUAUAGAGAUAAGAUUCCUGAGUGGACGCCUGAUGUUCGAUUCUUCAGGAGCGAAGAGUAUCCGCGAGUUGACCAUGCUCAAGAGUGUGAUAUACACGGAACAUUAGCGGUUCCAAUCUUUGAACAAGGGAGCAGGACAUGUUUGGGUGUUAUUGAAGUGGUGAUGACUACCCAGCAGAGCAACUAUGGCCUUGAACUUGAGACUGUUUGCAAAGCUCUUGAGGUUGUUGAUCUCAGAAGCUCUGGACAUUCAAGCCUUCAGAAUGUGAAGGCAUGCGACAGGUCCUAUGAAACCGCACUACCCGAGAUUCAAGAGGUUUUGAGAUCUGCAUGUGAAAUGCACAAGUUACCUUUGGCUCAGACUUGGGUCUCUUGCAUCCAACAGGGAAAAGAUGGUUGCCGGCACUCUGAUGAUAAUUAUGCACACUGUAUAUCUCCGGUGGAUAAUGCUUGCUAUGUUGGCGAUUCCUCGGUCAGGUUUUUUCACGAGGCUUGCCUGGAGCAUCACUUGUUAAUAGGUCAAGGUGUUGCCGGGGGUGCUUUUAUGACAAACCAACCGUGCUUCUCGGCUGACAUUACUUCUUUAAGCAAAACCGAUUAUCCACUGUCUCAUCAUGCCAGGUUGUUUGGGUUGCGGGCUGCAGUAGCCAUACGACUUCGAAGCAUCUAUAGUACUUCGGAUGACUAUGUUCUUGAGUUCUUCUUGCCUGUAGAUUGCAAUGACAGUGAAGAACAGAAAAAGAUGCUCACAUCAUUGUCCAUGAUUAUUCAAAGGGUUUGCCGCAGUUUGCGAGUUAUAACCAAUAAGGAAUUGGAGAAAAUUAACUUAUCAGCUAAUGUAGUAACGGCUGCCGCUGAUAGUGGAUUUGCUAGGAAUGCAAUUAGGCCGGACCUUCAAGACAGGAGAACGGCUGCCUCGUUGGGUAGUGAAGAAAAGUUUACCGAAACAAUGAGUAAAAAAUUCUCAGAACAAAGGCGGCAACACGAAAAUCUUAUUUUAAAAGGAGAUGCUGGCGAUGGUACGGAGUGUUCUCCUUCUGUUCAGGGUAACUUCUUGUCGAGUUUGGGAGUAAAUAGAACGGGAGAGAAAAGACGGGCCAAGGCGGAGAAAACUAUCACUCUUCAAGUCCUGAGGCAAUAUUUCGCUGGAAGUCUAAAAGAUGCUGCGAAGAAUAUUGGCGUCUGUACUACAACCCUGAAAAGGAUAUGCCGGCAACAUGGUAUUAAGCGCUGGCCUUCUCGGAAGAUAAAAAAGGUUGGUCACUCCUUGCAGAAACUUCAACUUGUCAUCGACUCGGUUCAAGGUGCCUCUGCUUCAUUCCAAAUUGAUUCCUUCUAUUCAAAGUUCUCGGAUCUAUCGUCUUCAAAUUUAUCAGCAACCACCCUGAUCUCAACUCUGAAUCAAAUCGAUAAUCCUGUCUCGUUAAGCAUACAGCCAGACCCCAACACGUUGAGUCCAGAAGGUGCGUCAAAAUCACCCUCGUCUUCAUGUAGUCAAAGCUCCUUUUCAAGCCAUUCAUGUUCCAGCAUGUCAGAGCAACAGCACCAUACAAGCAAUAUUGCUGCCGGUAUCAAAGAUCUAUCUGUUGAUGAAGAUUCUGUUGACGUGUUGAAGAGAAUCAGAAGUGAAACAGAACUUAAGAGCCUGGUUGAAGAUAACAAAACAAAGCUCAUGCCAAGAUCACAAAGCCAGGAAACACUUGGCGAACACCUGAAAACCGAGUAUCUCCAAUCCUUAAUAAAAACCACUCGCAAAGCGUCUCAAAAGGAGGAUGCUCACAGAGUAAAAGUUACAUUUGGAGACGAGAAAACCCGGUUUAGGUUGCCAAAGAACUGGAGUCAUGAAGAUCUUGUGCAGGAAGUUGCUAGGAGAUUUAAUGUAAAUGACAUGAGCAAAUUCGAUAUCAAAUAUUUGGACGAUGAUUACGAAUGGGUAUUACUAACUUGUGAUGCAGAUUUGGAGGAGUGCAUCGAUGUUUGUCAAUCUUCCGAGACUAGUACCAUCAAACUAUGUCUGCAACCCUCCAGUAAUUUUAUCAGGAGUUCUUUAGAAUUUAGAUAGAAAAAUCGUUUUGUGAUUGAUUGUAAAUUACAAGAUCCUUUGUCAUGUAUGUGAAUAAUGUUCAAAGUAAAUCAUAGAAGUUUGUAGUUUAAAGAAAUUGUAUAUUUUGUUAGACUAUGAGAAUAAUAAACUUUUGUAUACCAGAAGCAAUAAGCAGGUUCAACUUUUGUUUUUUUCA